AUGCUCUGGACCUGGGAUUUUCUAGGCAUCUUAUUGCACCAAGACCAACGGAGGAUUUUGUUGACAUUUGGAUUUACUGUUCCAUGAGUCGCAGCUGACCGCAUCACACUUAAAUAAAAAAUGGGAAAUGGACUUUCAGAACAGACUCCAAUUCUCUCUGGCUUAUCUCCGUUUCAGUCUCUUCACAUUGCCAUUUUGGGUUUGGACUGUGCCGGGAAGACAACAGUGUUAUACAGGUUGCAAUUCAACGAAUUUGUCAAUACCGUUCCAACCAAAGGAUUUAAUGCCGAAAAAAUUAAAGUAUCACUCGGCAACUCCAAAACAGUAACUUUCCACUUUUGGGAUGUUGGCGGACAAGAAAAACUCCGACCUCUUUGGAAAUCUUACACAAGGUGCACAGAUGGAAUUGUGUUUGUGGUGGACUCUGUGGACACUGAAAGAAUGGAGGAAGCCAAAACUGAACUCCAUAAAAUUACUAAGAUUUCGGAAAACCAAGGUGUUCCUGUUUUAAUUGUUGCUAACAAGCAGGACUUGAGGAACUCCCUGACUCUCUCAGAGGUUGAGAAGUUACUGGCUCUAAAUGAAUUUGGUUCAUCUACUCCAUGGCAUCUCCAGGCAACGUGUGCUAUCAUUGGAGAUGGACUGAGGGAGGGAAUAGAAAAGCUUUAUGAAAUGAUUAUAAAGCGGCGGAAAAUGCUCCGGCAACAGAAGAAGAAAAGAUGAACUAUCGGUUUUUUUUUUAUAGUCAUUGCUUUCUAGUAUGACAAGUAGUUCUGCUGUCAGAUUUUGCCAUCCACAGGUCUGUAUCAGAUGUCUGGGCAGCCUGGAGUGAUGCUGUUUAAGAUUCAUGCGCCUUUAUUUUCAGCCGUGCAGGCUUCUGUCGGAAGUUCUGCCAAUCCAGCAGCACAGUGUCUCUUAAGAUUUCGUAAACACCGGGAAACCUAAUGUACGUCAGAGGCUGAAAUGCAAUCUAGUCAUUGUGAGUGUAAACUGUGAAUGUGUGCAGGGUGUUGAAAGAGCGGACGGUGCCUUUUUCGAGAAAAAAAAUAUUUUUAAGGCAAAAACAAUCGAUGUGUGUUUAAAACUGUGCAGUUUGUGAGGGAUUCAAGCAGAGGCUAUACAUUCAACUGUAGUGAAUGAAGCCACAGAUAUUACAAUUUCAAUCCCAACCUUGGAAGAAUUUAGCUUAUUUCUACUCGGCAUCCUUUUCUUAUGCUUUCAUGGCACACAGAGUGUUAGGCAUUUGUUUAUAUCCGAUUUUUAAUUGGAGGUUCAUUAAGGUGCCUUCAGGCAAAACUAUCUUUUUUUUUUUUUAUUUUAUAGUUCCACUGUUCUAUUUUCAGGGUUAAAUUUAGGUAAAUCUGGAUUGCUGCAUUUUGUUUCUCUAAUCCAGCUAAAGGGUACCAUACAGUAUCCCAAGCUUGACAAAGUACAUGGUUUUCAGCCACCCCUCCUGUAUUUUAGUUAGAUUUAUUUUAAUUUUACACUUGAACUACAUGGUGGAGCACUGUUAUGUCUAUUUUCUUAUUUCGAGGACCCUAAUUCUGUUUGGCUUGUUUCAGGGGGUAGUUUUAUGAAUUUCCUAGAUUUAAUAAGAUGUAGCAGUAUUUUUUUUUUUUUUUUUCCAGUGAAAGCUUUGUGCCACCUAGGAUUUAAUGCUCCUGCGCUUAAGAUGUGCCAGUGUGUUUUUCAAUAAGUGUAUGUAUUUCCCAAGGAACAGUUGCAGACCGGGCCAAUAAGUCACUGGCAUACAGUCCGGUUAGGUCACUAGUUGUGGUAACCAGUACCAUUUCUCUCCGUGCCUUCCUUCUCUCGCUUGGAAAGCACUUGGCAUAUUGCUUAUAACCUGUAGAUAUGGAAGUCACCAUUUUGGGGAAUAGCUGCUUCCACAAGUCCUAGCCAGUCACUUGCCCAGGACUUAACUUCUUUGAUAAGUUCUAUUCCUGUCUUGUAUGAUCUCCUCUUCAUUUUGCCAGUAAAAUUUAUACAUUCCCUUUAUAUUCGCUUACUAUUCCAGGGGUUUUUAAUGGACCAUCUCCAUGCACUAUAAAACUACUACUAUGAAUUUUUGGGUCUGUUAUUACUGCCAAAUGUGCAAAUUCCUUUUAAUAAAGUUUUGCUCUUUCUCUUGCACAAGCUUCCUUAAUUUCACCAAUGAAUUCGACAAUGAACUGUGGGGAAAGUAAAAACUGGAAACCUUUUUCCAACUGCCCAUCCAUAUUCAAAGUCUCUAGCUACCUUCAACUUGUCCUCCGCUGGUUUGUUUGCACAUCCAUUUUUAUUAGCAUGUCUGCUGUCACAUUCAUUAUUAUUAUUGUUUUUUUAUAUUAUCAAUGACAAACUGCACUUUACUGUUUUAUAAGAAUGAAUGGACAGCUGGGUAAGACACUGAUCAUUUUGGAUUUAUUUGAAAUCGCUCCUAGCAGAGCGUCUUUAUGUGUAUUUCUAUGUAGCUGUAUUAGUGAUAUAAGUCACUGGUUCAGAAAUGUCUAUUUAUAGAAAUGUGGAUAUUGUCCUCCGAUUCAAUAAACAAGUCUAAUAAUCUCCAGGAAAAA